AAAUUGCGUGUAUACGUAUACAUAUAUCAAAAGAAACCGAUAAUAUAUCGAAAUGUCAUUAAAAAUAAUCCGUUAUGCCGCAGCAGAACGGCAGAGCGGCAGAGAGAACGGCAAGAAUUUUGAAAUGCUCCCUUACAACAAUCUUCAGAUCACAGAAGACCGUAUUGAUCUGUGAACUGAACUGAACUGAACUAAAUUUUUAUUUUUGCAAGCAUGCCUGUUACAAAGGAAGACUAGAUUAUGUUAAUGCUACAAUGCGGACAUCAGACGUCAGUAAUAACAAAAUCGUUUUUCAUGAUUCAUUAUCGUUCUCUAGUCACAGUAAAAUCUUACAAACAAAAACAAUUAUUUUUUCUAACGAUCAUCAUCGAGCAGCUACGAGGAAAAUGUUGCUGGAGAUUAUUUCCUUUGAAAGUUGUAGUUUUAUAAUGCAACUUGACGGUCUUAUGUCGAAUAUCACGUUUAUUUUGAUUAAAACCGGUUUUUGACCAAAUAAAACGGAUUUUUCGUGUAAAACCGAGGAGUUCUUAAAAAUCGGUUUUAAACUACGAAAAAAAAGUAUAUUUUCUCACAUCGUACACAAAAGUAUGACGAUGAAAAAUAAUUUUUUCCUAGAUUUUCCGAGAGAAAAGCAAGAAAUGUUUUUGAAACAUUCGCAUCACUGCUUGCUGAGCGGAUGAAUUCCGAUUGCAGUACGGUACAGUAUUCAACGUAUUGGUAGAAAAGAACGGAAAUAAGGCUGAUCGAGUUGUGAAAUGUUCAUGUACGGUGAGUUCAGUAGCACUCUUUGAUAUGACGAUCAAAAUCGCUUAGAUUAUAGAUAAUGUUUUGUUUUCGGGUUAGAACAACUGCCCGUAGUAUUGAUCAACAACAUCAUUUUACUCCAAAUAAUCACGAUGACACUUCUUAAACACUUCAGUUGAUAGUCUUCUCUCUCACUCUUCCUAGUUGAUCAAUUACAAAAAUUGAAAAACAAACUGGAAAAAGAUAAACAGUCGGUAAAAUCUGAGCAGGACGAUUUACGUAUUCAAAUUGAUCAUGUUACAAAGGGUAAACAAGCAGCGGAAAAACUAUCCAAACAAUUAGAACAACAACUAACAGAUAUUCAAACAAAAAUGGAUGAUCAUAUGAAACAAGUCAAUGACUUUAAUCAACAUAAGACAAAAUUUCAGUCAGAAAAUUCAGAUCUUCUCAAACAACUUGAAGAUGCUGAACAUCAAAUAGCAGUGCUAACAAAAUCAAAAACAACCAUCCAGCAACAGGCGAACGAUGCAAAACGCACUCUAGAAGAAGAAUUACAAUCAAAAAAUACUAUCAGUCAAGCACGUGAACAACUGGAAGAAGAAGAAGAGAGAAAAGUUGAAUUACAACGGCAAGUGACAAAACUGAGUUCAGAAAAUCAACAAUGGCGUGCACGAUUUGAAUCGGAAGGACUGUCACGUGGCGACGAGUUAGAAGAAGCAAAACGAAAAUUGGCAACCAAACUGUCCGAAGCUGAAGAACAGGUACAAAUAAAUCUUAGUUUUAAAUUUUGUAUCUACUACUAA